AUGAAUCCGCCGGCGCCAAUCCGACCCCAACCGACAGGACCAUUGAUCGUGAAAGCGAUGAGAAUCGCUGAAGUGCCGUUUAGCAGAGUCGUCUACAAUCAAAUGUACGUUUAUUGUGCUUCAUUGUUAUCGACAAUAUCGAGUUUUGCAGAAAGCGAAACGUAAAAUCCAGCCCAUUCCACACGGCUUUGCAGGAAGUGUUUCGCGAUCAAAAAACUCGGCUCAUGGAGCUGAAUCUGCAAAAAAGGGAGAAAAACAAAGAGGAUGCGGAACAGGAAAAACAGCUGGACGAGGUGCUGACAAACGAAAUGAUGAUGGGCCACGGGAUCUACAGGUUCGGAGAUCCGACUGAUUGGCGUGACAAGUUGCCGGAAGUGCGAACAAUUUACGAACACGAAAUGAGAAAUUUCGAAUUGCAAAAGGAGGCAAUGCUCGUGUCGAUUCGGACCGUUUUGCAGAAGCAGACAGAGUACCGGCCUAUCACUGAUGAGGUAUUGUCGUUCCUUCCGUUGUACCCGGUGUAUCUCAGCUGCCGGUGGGCGUAUCAAAAAGAUGUCAACUACUAAAAUGUACAAAAAGUGUCGAGGAACAAGUUAUCAGUUGACAACUUUUUGAUAUCUCCAUUGGCAGCUGAGAUAUACCGAUUCGAAUAAGAGUGACCUUCUAUUACAAAUUCCAGGACAUUGAAUGCUUGCUGGAAGUGCGCAGUCGUCCAAUGAUCCGAGUCCGACUUGGUUUGAAGCGAUCCAUGUGUGACAUAGUCAUCCACUACCGAGAAACAUCGAUGCGUACUCAAAAAGUGCGAAAGUUCUACGGGGGCACGUCGAAAAGCGACAUUCUGAACAGCUACUUCCACGCGAACAUCUUCGAUCAAUUCCCGUCGAAAGCAGUGAAAAUGGAGCUGGCGAAAAAGUGCGGCAUCACUCACAAAGAGGUUCGAACCGAAUGCGGGAUGACGGGAAUAACCAAGUACUCCGAAUUUAGGUGUCAAUGUGGUUCAACGCGAAGCGUAGCCGUCAGAAGAACUUGAUGAAGAGAGUGAUAGAAGAAGAGGAGAGAACGAAUGGACCGAAAUAUUAUAAGCCCAUGGAGCGCAUCAUCAGCUCGUGUGAGGGAGUUAUGGAUCCGUUCCGGACCAUGUUCGCUUUGUGCGGAACCAAACGCUCUUUGUGA